CUGCAGGGCAGCCGCCGAUGGAUGCUGCGGGAAGGUGCUGCCAUUUGCAGCCUCCUCGGCGAGCGGCUCCAGCUGCAGCAGCCGUCCCGUCCCUGGCCCUGGCCCCCCACCUCAGUGGCUGCAGCCGCCGCCGGCCCCGCGCCUGCUCCCUGCUGCUCAGGCCCCUGGGGGCUGCUGUCCUUCCCGCCCCGCAAUGAACCCCCCGUCGGCAGCCGGUGAGGACAAGGGGGCUGCAGGCAGCGGCAGCUGCUGCCGAGGAGCCGAGGGCGGCGGGGACACGAGGAGCGCGGCGGCCGCCGCCGAGGAGGAGAUGGGAGUCGCCGGCCCGAAGGAAGAGUCCCUGGAAGAAAAGCUGAGGAACUUAACCUUCAGGAAGCAGGUGUCCUACAGGAAAGCAAUCUCCAGGUCAGGCCUCCAGCAUCUGGCUCCUCUGCACUCCCUCAACAUCGCAAUCUCCAAUGGGCCAGGGAAGGAGCCAAGAACAACACUAGAAUGGAGUGAGAACGCAGUGAAUGGAGAGCAUCUGUGGCUCGAGACCAAUGUCUCUGGGGACCUGUGUUACCUAGGAGAGGACAGUUGCCAAGUCAAAUUUGCAAAAUCGGCUCUUCGACGGAAGUGUGCUGCCUGCAAGAUUGUGGUCCACAAUGCGUGCAUGGAACAGUUAGAGAAGAUUAAUUUCCGGUGCAAACCAACUUUCCGAGAGGGGGGCUCCAGAUCUCCAAGAGAAAACUUUGUCCGACAUCACUGGGUGCACAGGCGGAGGCAGGAAGGGAAGUGCAAGCAGUGUGGAAAGGGAUUUCAGCAAAAAUUCUCCUUCCACAGUAAAGAGAUUGUGGCCAUCAGUUGUUCCUGGUGCAAGCAGGCGUUUCACAACAAAGUCACCUGCUUCAUGUUACAUCACAUCGAGGAGCCGUGUUCCCUGGGGGCUCAUGCUGCUGUCAUUGUGCCUCCCACCUGGAUCAUUAAGGUGAAGAAAGCUCAGGUGGUCUCCAUACCAGGAGACGAGCCUGAUUGGGAAGGAGACUGGAGCCCCGGAGGGAAAACGGGCGUCUCCUACCCCUAUUGGGAGGGUUGGCAGAACUCAUUAAAAACUUCAACCCGGCGGAAGAAGAGAACGUCCUUUAAAAGAAAAGCCAGCAAAAGAAGCAAUGAGGAAAACAAAGGCCGACCAUUUGUGAUAAAGCCCAUCUCUUCGCUUCUCAUGAAACCACUGCUGGUGUUUGUCAAUCCAAAAAGUGGAGGGAAUCAGGGCACUAAGGUUCUCCAGAUGUUCAUGUGGUACUUGAAUCCACGCCAAGUCUUUGAUCUCUCUCAGGAAGGGCCAAGAGAUGCACUUGAACUGUACAGAAAAGUGCCAAACCUGCGAAUCCUGGCCUGCGGUGGGGAUGGAACGGUGGGCUGGAUCCUCUCCAUCCUGGAUGAGCUACAGCUCAGCCCCCAGCCUCCUGUUGCCGUCCUUCCCCUUGGCACUGGAAAUGACCUUGCUCGCACCCUCAGCUGGGGAGGGGGUUACACCGAUGAGCCUGUCUCGAAGAUCCUCUGUCAUGUAGAAGAUGGGACUAUUGUCCAGCUGGACCGCUGGAACCUCCAGGUGGAACGAAACCCUGAUUUGCCACAGGAAGAAAUCGAGGACGGGGCACGUAAGCUUCCACUCAGUGUCUUCAAUAAUUACUUCAGCCUUGGAUUUGAUGCACAUGUCACGCUGGAAUUCCAUGAAUCCCGAGAAGCAAAUCCAGAGAAAUUCAACAGUCGCUUUCGAAAUAAAAUGUUUUAUGCUGGGGCAGCCUUUUCAGACUUCCUGCAGAGAAGUUCCAGAGAUUUAUCCAAACAUGUUAAAGUUGUGUGUGAUGGAACAGACCUGACCCCAAAGAUUCAGGAGCUGAAGUUCCAAUGUAUAGUGUUUUUAAAUAUACCCAGGUAUUGUGCUGGCACAAUGCCCUGGGGUACCCCCAGCGACCACAGAGACUUUGAACCUCAGCGCCAUGAUGAUGGUUACAUUGAGGUCAUUGGGUUCACUAUGGCCUCUCUGGCUGCUCUUCAGGUGGGAGGUCAUGGAGAAAGGUUGCAUCAGUGCCGGGAAGUGACUCUGUUAACGUACAAGUCUAUCCCCAUGCAAGUGGAUGGGGAGCCAUGUCGACUUGCUCCGUCUCUCAUUCGGAUCUCCCUAAGGAACCAGGCCAAUAUGGUGCAGAAGAGCAAGAGGAGAACAUCCAUGCCUUUACUCAAUGAUCCCCACUCCAUCCCAGACCGCCUGCGGAUCCGAGUGAAUAGGAUUAGUUUACAAGAUUACGAGGGGCUGCAUUAUGACAAGGAAAAACUGCGUGAAGCCUCCAUACCUCUGGGAAUUAUAGUUAUACGAGGAGAUUGUGACUUGGAGGCCUGUCGUAUGUACAUUGACCGGCUACAAGAGGACCUGCAGUCGGUAACUUCUUCUAUGCAGAGAGUUCACUACCAGGAUCAGGAAGGUUCCUUCCCACGAGUACUUUCUGUUCAGAGGCUCUCUCCUAGAUGGUGCUUCCUAGAUGCAACUUCUGCUGAUCGUUUUUACCGCAUUGACAGAUCUCAGGAACAUUUGCACUUUGUGACGGAAAUUUCGCAGGACGAGAUUUUUAUCCUGGACCCAGAGCUGGUGAUAUCACAGCAGGUGGGAACGCCGCCGGGAAUGCCUGAUCUGGUAGUGGAGCAGGCCUCUGGAAUAUCGGAUCGGUGGAACCCUGCAGUCCGAAAGCGGAUGCUGAGCGACAGUGGCCUUGGCAAGAUUUCCCCGCACUACGAGGUACCUGACAAACAAAAGGACGCCAGCCAGACACACAUGCUGCAGCCACCCGUCUCUUCAGAAGAUCAAGCACUUUUACAAGCAGUAAUAGACGGUGAUCUUCUGAAGUUCAUAGAAUGCUGUAAGAGAGGAGCUAAUCUGUUAAUCCAGGGACCUGACCACUGUUCCGUGCUUCACCAUGCUACCAAGACUGGGCACCUUGAAAUUGUGAAAUACAUCUUAGAACAUGGUCCAUCUGAGUUACUGGAUAUGACAGACAGUGAAACGGGUGAGACAGCAUUGCACAAGGCGGCCUGCCAGCGCCAUCGUGGCAUCUGCCAGCUCUUGGUGGAUGCGGGAGCGUCUCUAAGAAAUACAGAUUCCAAGGGUCAGACACCUAGAGACAAGGCUCAGCAAGCUGGGGACUCAGAUCUGGCCUCCUACCUGGAGAGUCGUCAGAACUACCAGAUGGUUUCCCAUGAGGACCUGGAGACUGCAGUUUGAUGUCCAUGAAAGGGAAGAGAACCCUAGGAAAUAACAAGGCUGCACCUGAGACACUCAGGCAUUGUAUGAGGAAGAAGCUGAUGGAAUCAACGUGUCUCUCGCUCUCAUGCAAAAUAUCUGAGGACAUGCCACCAGUUUCUAAGGGCUAAUGAGUCUUGCCACGGAACUGUUGUGUUCCCAUGUGGUGGCCCAUUGGGGAUGAGGUGAAACACUCAAAGGUCUGUGGAAUCCAUGGGCCACGGAAAUUUACCCUUACUGCUUCCAGCAAGUAGCAUGAACUUCUCCCAUGUUCAUCUGUACAAUUUAUUUAAAAAAAAAGAAAGAAAGGGAGGAAAAAACCAAACUAACUUGGACAUUAAUAAACCCAACCAACCCCUUCCUCUAUUCCUACAGUGCCCUACAUUCCUUCCUCUCCCAUCCUACUCAUUUGUCACCAAUUAAAUAAUAUCUGUUAUCUCUGUAUUAAUUCUUCACAAAUGGACAGGUGAUAGGCAAGACUUUGAGGAGCUCUGGAUGCCCUUAGAAAAAAAUGACUUUUGAACCUGCUGAGUCCUCGCCUACUGUUCCCUCAGAAGUUGACUUCUCAGUGUUUAAUUGCCAGGGAGUUUUUUUUCUCUUUUGGAACAAAUUCUUUCUACUGCCCUGUUCUAUGGGGUGCUGGAUCUAGCUAGCUUCACAGCACUGACAAGAGCUAGCCUUCUAUCAGUCUCUGAAUAUAUCUUAAAGGUGUCCUCAUGAAAUGAUAUUUAAGUGGAAGGGAGUUGCUGUGUGACAUUUUGUGUUGUCUUCUGACAGACCACAUAGUAACCAAUAAGAUGUCUCAUGUCGCCACCCUGCUGAUAAUGACAGACUGAUUCUGCUCAGGUCUGAAUCCUGCCUAUAAUUAGCCAUUUGGGGCUUCUGUCAAGUUGUGUUUUUAAGAUAGGGAGAGUUCAGAGUAUGAGAGUUCAGAGCAGUUGUGGUUGACUGACUUACUUGUGCUGCCACUUUGACUUACUGACUCUUACAGUCCUAGGAAACCAAAUGGAAAGCAUCAGCUGUCUGUCGAGGCUUGCUGAUAUUAACAAGAGGAUGAGCACCACAUUAGACAUUUUUAAAAUAAUAAAAUUACAAUGAAAACAGAUGGGCAGAUUCCAAGAGAGAUUUGGAACAAAGCUUUAAAAGAGAGAGAUUAUCCUAGUCAAAAGAAGACAAAUGUCAACCAUUAGCCUCUCAUUGCUCGCCAUAGGGUUAAAAACAUAUAUUGCUUAGCUGUUGUCAGGCAAGUCAUGGUUUCUUUAUUCUGCUCCUUACUUUCCUGACCCAAAGAAUACCACCAUCAAACAGGAAUCCUCCACACCCCAAACAUACUCACAUAUACACAGAAAACCUUAAAAUGAACACUCUAUCACUUAUGGAAUUCAGCUGUCAGCAUUAAGGGGGCUUGCCCUUUUCCUUAGUCUGAUCACCCCCAUGAGAAUUGUCAAGGUUCAAUCCUGGCAUCAUAAUUCCAACACAGUUUGUAAUAGAAGAUCCAGUUCUCUCUCUCUUUUCACAUGCAUUUGCAAGGUGUAGGUUUUUGAUGGUUGGUGUUAAACAGGAUCGGUGUACAGUUUUGAACCCAGGAAAACCCAUCAGGUCAUUUUCUUCCUUUAAUAGCAGUUGUGGGGAUGAAAUUGAUGUGAUUCUGGUGAAUUUUUCUCUCCACUUUUUUUUUUUUUUAAACAAGUGAUUCUUUUGGCAGAGGAGGGGGAGCUGAAUAAUAAGCCUUUUCAUUUACCUUGUUUUCAAAGCUCUAUUCAAUGUGAGCAAAAUAUUGUUCAGUAUUUCUUCCGCUGAAAGAAGAUUAUAUUUGUAAUCUACAGAUCAAUGGCGACAUGAAAUGUAUUUUGUCUUAUUUUCUCUCUUCACUUUAUCUUUCUUAUUUAAAAACAAAAGGUUAAGGCUAAGUUCUUCCUUUGGAUACUCAUUCAGGGGUUUCCAUGGAGGGCCAGUGUAUACAUACAAGGACAGAAAGCAGAGUAAAAUUUCUCUUUGUGUGGAAACUUCCAUACAAACAACCCUCCCCUUGUGGUGUCACUGGAGUCCUGGCAUUAUUUCCCAGCUGUGAGGAAAGGCAUGCAGCUUUUUAGCUUUUGGUUGUGCAUUCUGUAUGUGAGAAAUGGAGGAAGUGGGACUGGUACCUUGGGCUAAAUUCUGACCUGUGCCAAGAUGCACUUGGGGCAUGGGAUCAGGAUGGUUGGUGAGCCAGUUACAGCUCCCUGAUUCUCAAGCUUCCCUGGCCCAGGACCAGACAUCAGUUAGAGCAGUUUAAUGACUGCUCUAACUUACGACAGCUCAUUGUGGUCCAUAGGGAACCAUACAGUGGCUGUGAAUUACUGUAGCAGAGUUGAGCUCCACCCCUCCUGAUCACAGAUUUUCCUCUUCUCCCAUGAUGUGCCCUGAGAACUGGGAAAAUGGUCGGCAUAGCAGUUGGCUAUUUACAUCAGUUAAAAAUUCUCCUCUGCAGGGAGAGUUUUCAACUUGGCAUCUGCGGCCAGAUACUGGCUCCUUUGUGCCAUUCAGACAGUUUAAGGGAAUCACAGAAUAUCAGAGUUGGAAGGGACCUCAGGAGGUCAUCUAGUCCAACCCUCUGCUCAAAGCAGGACCAGUCCCCAAUGUUUGCCCCAGGUCCCUAAAUGGCCCCCUCAAGGAUUGAACUCGCAACCCUGGGUUUAGCAGGCCAAUGCUCAAACCACUGAGCUAUCCCUCCCCUGGCCUUCUAUUUUUCUCCUGCAGCUGGAAAAUGAUGCUAUGACUAGAAUGACACAGUUGUGCCUCUGGAAAGUUUUUCACUCUGAGAACUCUGUAGGAAGCAGUUAUAAUAUGAUGAAAACAAAACCCAGCACUGAAGAUAGAACAGAACUUGACUGUCCACAUAGUCAAUAGUCAAGGUGUGCCAAUGCACUUCAGAACCAUGUUACAUCCUGGAGGAAUAUUGAUUACGUAGGUAAAUAGAGCAUAUAUUCUCUGCAAUGGCUCUCUCUCAGCCUGGGAUAUCAGAACCUGUCUCAUUGAGCGAGGGAACGUUGGGCUAGGACCCUAGCAGGGAUUAUUCCUUAUUCUUUUCAAAGUGCCACAGGAUCCUUGAUUCUGGACAGUUAUCAGAAGCAAGCAGACUGGGCAUCAGUUUAAUAUUAUACAUGUGUAUAGCACCUAUGAGGGUUUGGUGUCCAUCCUAGCACUGCAUUGCAGUCUAUGCAUUGGGCAGUGCCCAAGUUCUAGCGUGGGGCUGGAAACCCACUUAAAUUAAAUUUAAAUAUUUUAAUUUAUUGAAAUAUCUUUACUGCAGGUUUGUUUUUUCCAUGGAGCUAUUGUUUUAGAAGUUUAAAGAAUUUAGGGAUGAUCAACCAUUGAGGUUGCUGGACUGGUAGAAUAUUAGUUACUCUGCCUGUACAGGGGUUCUUGCUGUAGAAUGUAGCAGCUCCUGGAUUGUUCCAUUCUGAGUGCUGCACUGUCCCAUUUUAAAGUGCAACUGAAGGGCAGAAAAUAUUUUUAAUGUUAAUAAAAUAAACCAUUUUGUUAUUUAACAACUUUAGUUAUUUUUGUUAUUGCAUAUUUCAAUGUUCUAUAAAUAUCUCUCUCUAUAUAUACAUUAUGUGAUAAAACAUGACAAGAUUCUGGGUAACUAUAGAAUCCCUCAGGCAUUGUUGACCACGUAGAAGGAAGGCGGCCAUGGCAAGCAGUAGAUUUCAAGGAAAUUACAGCUCUUGGUUAUAAAAUGGAAGUUCAAUAUAAAAUAACCCCUCAGCCCUCUGCAUUUAGUGGGUGUUGUAUGUGUGGGUAUAGCAUCAGCAAUAGUCAGUGAAAAUGUCUCAGUAAUUGUACAGCUCACUCUGAACAGAUUUGUGAUAGCCAGGCUGAGCUCUAGGGACCAUCUCACAGUUUGAGAUCUGUCUGUCUAGAUUCUUAUGCUGACACCCCUCACCUUGUAUCUCCCAAAUGUGAAAACAAUACCAAUGGAAUCAUUCAAUAUCAAUUCACAGUUCUGUAGCCUGGGUUUUGAACUGUUCAUGGGCAGUUCUGUAAUGCACAAGGAAGGGCCGUUAGAGCACCAGAUACAUAAAGAAAAUAGAACAAAAUAAAUGUUUUGUUGCCAUUGAUCUUCACAAUUGUAUAUGUGUAGCUGGUGCUAAUUUGGAUGAACAAGUGAGCACACAGUUUGGUGGUGGUGUGUUGCAUUUAAUCCUGGUAUGUUUGUUUGAACUUUUUAAUCAUCCCUUUUGCUCACUUCUCUCUUCAACUUUGCUGUUUCAUUGUUACAGUGACAUGAAUUGUAAUGAAUAGCAUCAACACACCAGGUCUCACAUAGACGGUGGCUUGUCAGCUGCUAUUUUCUAUCCAGCUAUCCCAGAUGCUGCACUUGGGUGCACUUAGGUGUUGAUAGUUCCAAUGCAUCAAAUUCAUAGUGAGAAGAACUGUCAAAAAGUAUAAAAUGGGCAGGUAAAUUGGUAGCCUUAAGCUCCCUGGGGCUUUCACAUAUGUAAUGACACUCAAUGAGUAUAUAUGCAUGCUGGAUAUUUGGAUGCCUUGAAGACACUUUGAGAAAUUCUGUCCAGCAGUCCUGUCCAUGCCUCUUGGGCACUGCACUGAUAAAAUGAUUCCUUCUGCUGAUUCCUUUGAAGUUCAUAAUUUUCUCUUUCCCCAUUUUUGCCUCUGGUUUUGGUCAGAAUAAAGGGACACGGCCAAGUACUUUGUAAAUUUGAUGUUUAAGGUUUUACUUUCCAUUGUUUGUAACAGCUCCCUUAGCACUUUGAGAAUAGCAUUUCUUCCUGCAUUGUGUUUGACCUUUCCUAUUUGUCAAAUGGUACAUUUCUCUCCUUUUUCUCUGGGAACACAAACCAACCUGGCAAUAGGUUGUUAAUUUCCUGGUUUGUCAAAAGCAUCAUCCAGGAGUGUCUUUAGUACUGCAGCAUUUCUGGGUACAGUUUAUUAGUAAAUCCAUGCCUUGCUGGUUGCCUCUGAACAGAACAAACAAUAGUACAGGAUUCAAACUGGUGGGUGUCUUCUCCUUUGAUUUCUUAGUAACAGAAUAGGCAAUUGCUUUUUAAACACACCCAUUUAAAAUCUGGAGGAGCUCCCCAACACACUAAAGUGGAUUUUAAAGUAGGUCCAAUAAUGUGCCAAAAGUUAUUUAACAGUGGCACAUCUAAGUCUAGACUUUUAAAUGUUAGGAAAAGAUUCUCGAGAUUCUGUGCUGCAACUCCACCAGGCAGUGCAAAUGGAAGGCUCUGCUGAGUAGGGAGAAGGGUCUUAAAGGUAGCUUUAAGCUGCCCUGCCAUGGCUCCCAGAGUAAUUUAGAGCAAUGACUGGCUAUUAUAAGUUACAGUACCCUUUCUCUGGUCUAUCUAUGGGCUGCUUUGUAGCCUGCAGUUGCUGAGAAUUUCUGUAGCUGUAUGAGCUAGAGGGACUCCCCUCCUGCCUCUGGCAUGCCUCCUACAUUAGGGUUUGUGAUGGGGUCUGCAGAGAGAAGCCUAUGUCUGUCCUAGAUACUGCAUGUGUCAGAGGAAUUUUUACCCUGCUGGCUAAAGGCUGCCAUAGUGGCAGGAAAAAAUCCCUCCCUCAGGCCUGACCCUGCCCAAGGAAAGUAAUUGCCUUUGACUUCAAUGCGCACAGGAUCAAGCCUCUGAUGAUUAGGCAGACUAAGUGCUGAAUAAUCUCAUUUCAUAAAGCAAUCAGGUUGCAUCUUACAGCCAACCUUUUCUAUAAACUGAUAUAUUCCAGCCCAAGGUGAUGUCUUUCAUUUCUUGCAUGGUAAAAAGAGAAGAGUCUUUCCCACAGAGGGCACAUAUAUCCAGUUAGCAAAAGGGAGGCAAGGAGCCAGCAUACUCCUCUUCUAUACGUGCUUUAAUAAUACCCAUCCAGAUGCAGCAUCUGGAGUCUUUUGAGAUGUAAAGGAAGGAAUCCUUUUUAACAAAAGUGCUCUUUGUUUUAACAUGCACACCACAAUAGUUCAGUGAAAGAUUUGAUUUUUAGCCCACUGAAAUGUAUCCAGUUAUGGUUGGACAUCCCCCAAUCCCAGAGAAGUGUGAAGACCUGAAGGCUAGAUAUUUUUCAAAGAAAAAUAGACAUGGCAGAGAUAAAAUAAUGGGAGAACAGAAAAUUCACUCAGAAAUAUUUUCUACAGCAAUUGGUUUCCAUUUUCUUGCCAUCAUCUUACAAAGACAGAAGCUGAAUUGGGAGUGCUGUAUUACAAUUGUGUAAUGAUAGUUUAUCAAUGAUUUAGCAGCUCAAACUUUCAUAUGUACAGUAAGGAGAUGUACAUUCUAAAAUACAAGAAAUAGACACCAUUCCUUUAAGUAAUAUAUCACUAAUUAUAUAAUUACUGUAUUAGAGCCAGAUUCUGUUAUUCUUACUCACAUUGAGUAAUACCUGAUUCCACAAUUAGUCCCAUCCAUGAGACUACUCCAGGAGUAAAGGUCUACUCACUGUGAGUAAGGUAUCAAUAUCUGGCCCUUACACAGCACUGAUAAUUCAAAAGUACUUAAGAACUAAGACAUGUCUAAUAACAAAUUAGUUGAACAGAUAAAUUUCAAAGUAGCAGUUGUGUUAGUCUGUAUCUGCAAAAAGAAAAGGAGUACUUGUGGCACCUUAGAGGCGAACAAAUUUAUUUGAGCAUAAGCU